AUGGCAGAAACAGCCGGCACGGCCGGAUCGGCCGCAACACUAGACCAGUCCCUUGGCGCCUUCCCAUUUACGGUGCCUCAACUUACAGGGGCGGAGAACUAUGAUGAAUGGAAGAAUGCCAUUCUGAUGGUCGCUGGAGGCAUGGCCCUCAAGCGUUACCUUGUCGAGACCAUCCCUGCGGCAUCACGCGAUGAGAGAAUCGACAACCGCGCUCAGACCCUUGUGUACACCAACAUGACCACGAUCGUGCAGCGUCAACUGAAGAUGGGAGGAUAG